AUGGGGUCCAUCAUUCCAGAGACGAGGACUGAGAAUAUCAAGAUUGCAAUCGAUCGUGGAGGAACCUUCACCGAUGUUUGGGCCAGUGCUCCAAAUAAGCCAGAUGUGGUAUUAAAGCUUCUUUCUGUGGAUCCUGGGAAUUAUCAAGAUGCUCCGACAGAAGGUAUCCGACGUGUGCUGUCAAUUUAUGGCGGCUCAGAAAUUCUCAGGGGGAGACUAUUACCAAAAGAUAACUUAGAGAUAGUCCGCAUGGGGACAACUGUCGCUACAAAUGCCCUUCUGGAGCGGAAAGGUCGGCGCCAUGCUUUCCUAGUGACCAAAGGGUUCCGGGAUCUUUUGAGGAUUGGAUACCAAUCCCGUCCCCGGCUUUUUGAUCUUGACAUCGUCAAACCAGAAGUCUUAUUCUCCGAGGUCCAUGAAACAGAUGAGCGGGUGACCAUUGAGGGUUUCGAUGAAGAUUUCGAUGGAACAACCAAGACAGAUGUCGAGGAGAUUCCGGGUGUCCUCGAGCGAGGCUCCAGUGGUGAUCUGAUGCGAAUCCUGAAGCCUCUCGACGAAGAAGCCGUGAAGGCCAAACUCUCGGAAUUACGAGCAAAGGGUAUUGAUACGGUCGCUAUAUGCUUUACACAUUCACACAUUUACGGUGCCCAUGAGCAAAGAGUCGGCCAGUUAGCCGAAGAAGCAGGUUUUGGGCACGUCUCGCUGUCCUCGACAGUAGCGGCAAAAAUGAUCAAGAUGGUCCCUCGUGGCAGUUCAGCAUCCGCCGAUGCCUACCUGACCCCUGAGAUCAAGGCUUAUCUCAAAAGUUUCGUCAAAGGAUUUGAAGGGGGUCACCUCGAUGAUGUGAAAUGCGACUUUAUGCAGUCGGACGGUGGUCUUGUAAACCACAAAAGUUUCAGUGGAUUGAAGGGAAUAUUGAGUGGACCAGCAGGCGGUGUCGUGGGAUGUGCUCGAACAUGCUACGAAGACACAACAAAGACCCCAGUUGUCUGCUUUGACAUGGGUGGUACCUCUACCGAUGUGUCACGUUUUGGUGGUGUCUUUGAGCAUGUCUUCGAAAGUACUACGGCUGGAGUAACAAUACAGAGCCCCCAGCUUGACAUAAAUACCGUUGCUGCUGGAGGUGGUUCUAUUUUGACGUGGCGCAAUGGUCUGUUUGCAGUAGGACCGGAGAGUGCUUCCUCUCACCCUGGGCCUGCUUGCUAUCGGAAAGGAGGCCCGUUGGCUGUCACAGAUGCAAAUCUUUUUCUAGGUCGCUUGAUCCCAGAUCUGUUUCCCAAGAUAUUUGGUGCGAGUGAGAAGGAAGAAUUGGAUGGAAGUAUCGUAGCAGAAAAGUUUGCAGAAUUGGCAAGUGCAAUCAAUGCAGAGACUGGCAAGUCAAUGUCACUCGAAGAGAUUGCUUUUGGUUAUCUCGAUGUCGCAAAUGAGGCGAUGUGCCGUCCGAUCAGAUCUCUCACCGAAGGAAAGGGCUAUGAAAUCAGCAAGCAUCGUCUCGGCGUCUUUGGAGGGGCUGGUGGCCAACACGCUUGCGAAAUUGCUCUAAAACUUGGCAUCAAAACUGUGGUAAUCCACAAGUACUCCAGCAUCCUCUCAGCUUACGGCAUGGCACUGGCCGAUGUGGUCCACGAAGAACAAGAACCAACCAAUGACAUUUACAGUGUCGAUUCGAUAGAUCGCCUAAACCAACGCAUCGAGAACCUCAAAUCAAGGGUUACAGCCCAUCUCAUUAAACAAGGCACACUUCAAAAAGACAUCGAUCAUGAAUGCUACCUCAAUAUGAGGUAUCAAGGCACUGAAACUGCGAUGAUGAUCUUAAGACCUGCAGAUGAUGAUUACAAGGCAGAAUUUCUCCGCGUUCAUCAGCGAGAAUUCAGCUUCCUAUUCCCACCAGAGAGACAGAUUCUUGUUGAUGAUGCGAGAGUUCGUGGGGUUGGAAAGAGUGCCCGGAACGACACUGAUGGAGAGAGACUUGGUCGAGAACUUGGUACAAUGGCAUUCAAGCCUGUGCUUGAGGCUCAGGUUGAGAGACAAAUUCAAUGCUACUUCAAAGUCGGUGGUAAGCAAACGACACCAGUCUAUCUAUUGGCAGAUCUUGCUCCUGGCACUUCGGUCAUUGGGCCAGCAAUGAUCAUCGACAACACCCAGACCUUGGUCAUUAUACCAAACGCCGAAGCCAAGAUCCUUACGUCUCACGUCGUUAUCGAUAUCGGUUCCUCGAAUGGCACUGCGAAAGACACAUCUCUUGUUGUCGAUCCCGUCCAACUCUCUGUGUUUGGCCAUCGUUUCAUGUCAAUUGCGGAACAGAUGGGCAGGACCCUACAGAAAACCUCCGUCUCUCUCAAUAUCAAAGAACGUCUUGAUUUUUCCUGUGCCAUUUUUGGACCAGAAGCCGGUCUCGUCGCAAACGCUCCUCAUAUUCCCGUUCAUCUUGGUUCGAUGAGCUAUGCUGUCCAAUACCAACACGAGUUGUACAAAGGACAUUUUAAACGUGGUGACGUUCUGGUAUCAAAUCACCCCGAGAGCGGCGGCACCCAUCUUCCAGAUUUGACGGUAAUAACUCCUGUCUUUGGGGAUGAUGACAAAGUAGCUUUUUAUGUUGCUGCACGUGGGCAUCACACCGAUAUCGGUGGCUCUGACGGUACAUCCAUGCCUCCUAACUCCACCGAGCUUUGGCAAGAAGGAGCACAGAUGCGUUCUUUCAAAUUGAUUGAAAACGGGCAUUUUGACGAAGAAGGUAUCAUUAAGAUCCUCCUCCAACCCGGACAAUACCCUGGCUGCAAUGGAAGUCGACGUCUCUCUGACAACAUCUCGGAUCUCAAUGCACAGGUCGCUGCCAACAAUAGAGGUGCUACCUUGAUCACCGCCUUGAUGGGUGAGUAUACCCAAGAAGUAGUUCAGCUCUACAUGCAAGCUAUCCAAAACAAUGCUGAAGUAGCCGUGCGCGGCUAUCUCUCACAGACACUCAAGCGCCUUGGUCCUAAGCUCUCAGCCAUCGACUCUAUGGAUAACGGGUCUCAAAUUCAGCUCAACAUCUCGAUCGAAGAAGAUGGAUCAGCAACUUUUGAUUUCACUGGUACUGGUUGCGAAAUGCUGAGCAACUUGAACGCACCACCGGCAAUUUCUUAUUCGGCUAUACUAUACAGUCUUCGUCUACUUAUCGGCGCGGAUAUUCCCAUGAAUCAAGGUUGUCUAGCACCUAUCAAGGUAAUCUUACCCCAAGGCACUUUCCUCAACCCUUCUGCCGGACCAGCUGUCUGCGCAGGGAAUACUCAAACAUCUCAACGAGUCGUUGAUACCGUGCUUCAAGCUUUCAAAGCCUCUGCAGCGUCGCAAGGUUGCAUGAACUGUCUGGGAUUCUUUGGAGGCGGUGGUGUCGGACCAGAUGGAAAGCCACUACCUGGUUCUGCGUAUGCGUUUGGUGAGACCAUUGCGGGUGGAAGUGGCGCCACGAAUAGGGCGCAUGGCGCCAGUGCGGUUGCUGUGCAUAUGACCAACACGCGGAUCACGGAUCCGGAGAGUCUCGAAAAAAGGUAUCCCGUCAUCCUGAGGGAGUUUUCAAUCCGAGAAGGAAGUGGCGGAGAGGGAAUUCAUAAUGGUGGUAAUGGUUGUGUGCGAGAUAUGGAGUGUAGACUCCCGCUGAAGUUCAGUGUCAUCACUGAGAGAAGAGUGAUUGCUCCGUAUGGUCUUGACGGUGGCGGCAACGGAGGAAGGGGAGCAAAUUACUGGGUCAAGAAAACACCCGAAGGAAAAGACCGAUGGGUCAACAUGGGGCCUAAAAAUAUGGUACAAAUGCAGGCUGGUGAUCGCUGUGUUGUUCAUACGCCAGGAGGAGGUGGAUGGGGUAUUCCGGGGACUGCUGAGCCAGCACGCACGGGAUUGAAGAAGAAGGGCGUGUAUGUACCUAGAGCUGCCGGAAGUCUAGCUGCAUUUGAGGAAACUCAAGGUGGACAGCAUUAG